UUGCACAAAACACAGAAUCUGACGCAGCAUUGAGAGUCACACACACAAACACAGUACCACUCUUUCACAGAGAGAGAGAGAGAGAGACCACACCACUGAAACAGUACGAAUAGUAAUGGCAGCGACUAGCAGUAAUAUUUCAGAAAUGGUUUCUGAAGAGUCAGAGAAAAAGGACGCGGAUGAUGAUGCAACUAAAGCCAAAAGGAUCGCAAAAAGUGAUUGCUCCUGAAUCCACCAGAUUCAUAUUCCUUUUUUUUUCUUCUUCGCUCUGAAACUUUUUAUUAUUACCUAUUAGACUCUUUUUUUUAUGGUGACGAUCAAUAUCAAUAUCAAUAUCAGUUGCUGUUGAAUUUUCUUCGAGAGAAAAAUGGCUUCUUCGAGUUUUCCUGUCACCGAUUCAGAGGAUGCGAUAUACAAGGAGCUAUGGCAUGCUUGUGCCGGACCUUUGGUUACUGUUCCUCGUCAAGGAGAACUCGUUUUCUAUUUUCCUCAAGGCCAUAUCGAACAGGUUGAGGCGACGACGAAUCAAGUGUCUGAGCAACAAUUGCCAGCGUAUGAUCUUCCUUCUAAAAUCCUAUGUCGCGUGCUCAAUCUUCAAUUGAAGGCUGAGGUAGACACUGAUGAAGUGUAUGCGCAAGUGACUUUGGUUCCUCAUCACCAACAAGAUGAGAAUUUGGUGGAGAAGGAGGUUGUGGCUCCUUCCCCUCCUCGGCCUUGUGUGCAUUCCUUUUGUAAGACACUUACGGCAUCAGAUACGAGCACUCAUGGUGGUUUCUCCGUGUUGAGACGCCAUGCCGAUGAAUGCCUGCCUCCGCUGGACAUGUCCAAGCAACCUCCCACUCAGGAGUUAAUUACCAAGGAUUUGCAUGGAAAUGAGUGGCGUUUUCGCCAUAUUUUUCGAGGUCAACCAAAGAGGCAUCUUCUUCAAAGUGGCUGGAGCCUCUUCGUCAGCUCCAAAAAGCUUGUUGCCGGGGAUGCUUUUAUCUUCCUCAGAGAUGAAACUGGGGAACUUCGUGUUGGGGUAAGAAAAGCUAUGAGUCCUUCAAUCAAUGUUCCAUCUUCUGUCAUAUCUAGUCACAGCAUGCAUAUUGCUGUCCUGGCAACAGCAUGGCAUGCCGUUAAAUCGAAUACAAUGUUCAUCGUCUACUACAAACCAAGGACUAGCCCUGCUGAGUUUAUAGUUCCCUUUGAUAAAUAUAUGGAGUCUGUCAAGAUCAACUACUCUAUAGGGAUGAGGUUUAAGAUGAGGUUUGAAGGUGAGGCAGCUCCAGAACAAAGGUUCUCAGGCACAGUUAUUGGAACUGAGGAUGCUAACCCCAUUAGGUGGCCUGGGUCAAAAUGGAGAUGCCUGAAGGUUCAAUGGGAUGAAAAACCUUCUGCUGAUCGUCCAGAGAGAGUUUCCCCUUGGAAAAUAGAACUUGCUUCGACUCCCACUCUAGAUACCCAUCCUGUGUGCCGACCGAAGAGGUCUCGUGUAAACAUGGCACCAUCAUCUACUGAUUCCUUUGUUUCUACAAGGGAAGAUUUGUCUAAAAAUAAUACAGACCCUUCACCAGAUAAAGGGUUAUUAAGGACUGUGCAAGGUCAAGCAAUCUCAACCAUUGGAGGUGUCUUUGCUGAGCAUAAUGACUCAGACACUGCUCAAAACCCUGCUUUACGGAUUCAAUCACAAGGUUCUCAUAACUUGCACGAAUCAUAUGGGUUCAACUGGUCGUUUAUUGAUCAAAAUCCUGAAAAUGCUGACCAAUUGAAGAAGCAUGUUUUAGAUCAGGAUCAAAGAUCCAACUUCCCAGGAUGUUCACAGUCCAUGAUGCAUCCCUUCAAUAACAUGUUGAAACGCAGCAUGAAGCUUCCUGCAGCAGCAACAGUUGACCAGCAUCCAGGAAGCGAGUUGUUUCCUCUUCUGUCAACAACAAAUAUGGAGGAUACUCCUUGUCCAUCAAUGCUGAAAUCACAACCUCUACUUUUCCAAAAUGAAAUUUUAAAAUCUAAAGGAGAUGACAAUUGUAAACUCUUUGGUAUAUCCCUUAUUAGUAAUCAUAAGGCAACAGAACCAGCCAUGCUACAUGCUGAUUUUAUGCAUAGGCCACAAAGGCAAAUUGCUUGUUCGUCAUACCAGCUGCAAGAUUUGGUAUCCAACCCACAGUCACAGCAAGCAGAGUGUGCAAAGCCUGCAGAGAUAAAAAUUAGAGAUGAUGAAUGGGGGAAGCCUUUUCAAGCUUUAGAGCAGCUUUCUAGGAAUUUCCACCGCAGGCUUCAGGGCAGUCCCACCAGAACUUGCAUCAAGGUUCAUAAGCAAGGGGAUGCAGUUGGGCGGUCUUUGGAACUUACUAAGUUUGAUGGCUACAAUGAAUUGAUAGCAGAGUUGGAUCAUAUUUUUGAAUUUAAUGGUGAAUUAAUUGCGCCCAACAAGAAGUGGCUGGUAGUUUUUACUGAUAAUGACGGUGAUUUGAUGCUUGUUGGAGAUGAUCCCUGGCAAGAAUUUUGUAGCAUGGCCCAAGAUAUCUCUGUCUACACUCGAGAGGAGGUACAGAAGAUGCAUCCACGAUCCUAGAAUCCAAAAUUCAAUGAAAGCUCAUCAGUUACAGACCACAAGAUGGGUUCAAAGUAAGUUGAUUGAUUGACAGUUUUGGGACUGAGUCCUAAAACAGGUUUGGUCCUACCUUUUCAUGGCCAUCGAUAAGCUUAGAGUGCAUAACUCUAGUUUUGUUGAUAAUACCUUAUAGAAUGUUGUCCUUCCAAAUAACUCACCCAUUGAAAGUUUGGUUAAGCUCUUAAAGUUAACCAGAAUUUUUCUUCCUUCACUAUAAAAGAGAAGAGAAGGGGGUGGGGGGAGUUUGCAAAGUUGAGGAGGUUAUCUAAAUGGAAAUUGUUCCAGUUGAUUUCGCUGAGUAGAGAAGGUUUUCUAAGUAGGUUGCAAGAGUUGAUCCGAGUCGAUUUCACGUAUUUUCAAAAGUGUGUAUUGGGCGUGGGGGGGGGGGGGGGGGGAGCUUUUUCAUGCAUAUUCUUGGACUCAGAUUGUUAAUGUUGGGAUGUACUUGCACUAUCAGGCAGCUUUGAAGCCCAUAUAUUUGGCAAUCUAUGCAUGGCAGUAUACUAUUUAGUCAUUGGAGAGAGAUAUUUUAAAUUGGUAAGUUAAGGAAACUUGCCGUAUUUGAUGUAAAGAAGUUUUCACAUUCUGAAUCUGCCAUGUAUUAACUAGGAAUUGCUUAUACUUUCACGUUCAAGUAAUAGUGUAGGCAAGAGGAAGAAAGUAGUUUAGAUCUUUGUAAUGAUCUUUUUGCCGGUCCAACCCUUGUUUUUUCUUCCCUCUGAUGAUUAAUUAAUACUUGGAUUCUUAAA